AUGGAGCAAGUUAGAAUCAAUUCUGGAUCAACACCUUCGGAUGUCACAAUGGACUUUGAUCAUCAAACCAGUGCUAAUGUUGAUACCCGUGCAAAUCUCAUGGAAAUUGCUGAAGUCAAGCAGAUCAAUAUGAUGGCUAACGGAGAAAACAAGAAUAAUGGAGAUGGAAUGUUGGCUGGAGAAAAUGCCUCAGAGAAUGGAAAAAACGUGCCAUCAGGAAACAUGUGCAAUGACAAUGAAAGAUCACCACUCUAUUCGGCAAAUAAUGCGAGCAAUUCUUCUGAGCAGCUCGAUAUGCUCGACGUCGAUAGUUCUCCACUUAUCUUGGCAGGAAGUGGUGAAGCUGUUUCUGGUGAAUCUGUUCAAGAAAUAACAGAAAUUGAGACUGUCACUAACGGCAACGAAGUUGAAAAACAAGAAACUAGAGCCGACAUGUUGCACAACGGAGAAGAUGAAAGCCAAGCAACCAAAGACCAACAAUCGGAACUGGCCAGUGGUGAGGACUCGUCUUCACUCCACGUAACUUCUGAGCACGAUCUUGUUGCUAGUUCUGAACCAGCGGCUACAACAACAACAGCAGAAAAUGGUGACGAUGCCACCGACAUCGCCGGUCCUUCCACUAGCAUGGCUCCGGGAGCAGAUACAGCCGCUGUUGCCAGAAAAGUGAAGGUUACAACAAAAAAGGCCAAAAAAGAUAAAGAAGAAGAGGAACUUCGCGCCGCGCAUAUGUUCUCGGAGUUUUCACUGCGAGUUCGAAAAACUGCCGCACCAGCUGAACCUCCAAAAUUUUCAACAAAGUUAGAAACUACUAAAACCAGUAGUGCAUCAACCAAAAAGGGAUCUUCGAGCAAAAUGCAUUCUGGAGAACCGAGUACAAGCUCCGCGACAGCCGGCACUUCCACUCCAGCAGAGACUCCCGUUGUGACGAGUGUCUCCCCCACAAAGCGACGAGACCGUCGCCCAAAUCCGAUUCCACGUAUGAGGUCCUCCGCAAAGCCGAAAGCAGCAAAGACCAGUGGUGCAUUGGCAAGAAAGAUAACUGCAAACACUAGAAAACCAGACGUGCCAAGCUCGAGCUCCUCGACAACCGUCUCUUUCACUCCUGCCGAAAAGAAUGUGUCCGCCACGAAGCGCAGAGAACGUCGCGCCGCUCCUAAUCCAUCUCGUCACCCCGCCCCCAUUCCACCACGAAAUGUCGCUCCGCCACGUGCAAAUAAUACUCGUCGUGCUCCUUUACAAAUUCCUCCUCUGCCACAGUUCAAUGAUAAGAAGGCCUUCAUUGCUGCAAUUUCAAAAUUCCGCAAACAAGGCAAUAAGGAGUUCAUGAGAACGUUUGUGGCGGGAGAACAUCUAUUUGAGAACAAAGAUGUUGGCGUUAAAUAUUGGAACGAUGGACACAAUUAUGAGCAAAAAAUAGGGGAAUUUAAUUGUGUCCAUCUUUUCAAGACGAAGGAUGGUCUCGAGUUUGAAUACCCGGAGAAGCUGAAGCUGGCUAAUGUCCGGAGUUUCAUUCCAGGAGCAACGAAACUCAAAAUAAUAGACUCAUACAGUCAGCAGUCUGCCGACAUGGAAAUGAAUGAUUUGGUGGCGGCUUUCAAGACGGAUAGGCCAAACCGGACAGCGGCCUUUAAUCUAUUAAGUUUUGAGGCUAGAAAUACCAAGCUUCAAAACAAGAUCGCUGUCCCAAAGUUUGUCCGGAAUUCAUCUAUUGUGGACAAACUCACGAAACAAUUGGAAGAGAAGAAAAAAGAAGUUUUGGACACAAUGAGAAACACAAAGGAACGGCGAGAGAAAUUGAAGGAUAUUGGCAACAAAAUUUGGUCGAUGCCACAGUACCAGAAGUUUGUACUGUUAUCUAUGCAGGAUUCUUUUACAGACAUUCACAUAGAUUUCAGUGCAACAUCGGUAUAUUAUCAUGUUGUAGAAGGUCGCAAAAUAUUCUACGUCGCCAGGCCAACUCCGGAGAAUCUGAAAGUUUAUAAAAAGUAUGAGACUGACGUCAAUGUCCCAAAGGAGUGGAUUGGAAAAAAGUUGUUCUCGGAGUUCCAAAGAGUGGAGAUCAAGAAGGGAGAGACGGCCAUGAUCCCUUCUGGAUAUCUCCACUUUGUUUACACUCCGGAGGACUCUCUGGUCAUUGGCGGAAAUUUUCUGAUGGAGAAGUAUUUGCAAUGGCAGUUUGAGCUCACCGCCAUUGAGGAAGAGUCAUUGAGAUUGAAACGAAUCGAUCUGAAUCAACUUUAUCUAGGAUUCUACAACGUUAUGUGGGCCUAUGCCGAGGAGUUGUUGGCAAAGAUUGAGGCUGGAAAUCCAAGUGCUGAGACGAUUCGACUUUCCGACACCGUGAAGGGUCUAUUGAACCCAGAGAGGAUUCCUGUUGACCCCAGAGAGGCCAAGGAUUGGUACUCAGAGGAGCAGAAAAAAACGAUUGCGGAGAAAAUGGAGAGAGCAUUAGCACAGCCGCCACAACCAAAUGUGCCUACUGUCCAGGCAACCGUGCCUGCCCAACCAGCCGCCUCAAACAAACGUCGAGCUCCAACUAGUUCCUCAAGAAAGCCACCUGCCAAGAGAAGACAUUAA